CACUCGUCUUCCAAUAAUCAUGCUCUCGUCGCCCGUCCGCGCGCCACUGGUAAAGCUUCGUUACGAAUCUAGAAGCCUAAACCACGUCAAUUAGCAUCAUGCAGAUAGGCAAACCGAGCUACGCGACGGUACUGAAGUACGGCAAGGCACCGAUGCGAGGGCGAGGACCUCCGAGGCCGACCGCUGCACCAACACCGGAGGGACAAGGACGAGAGCGGUUUGCAGUGAUUUUCGAUAACAAUUGGGAUCUGCACGAAGGCAAGGUUCGUCUUGCAAACAAACACCACACAGCGGAAAACGAAGGCCAUCAGACGCCCCCUGUGUUGUCGGCGCAGACAGCCAUGUUGACUGAGAGCGCGUUCGACCUAGGGCACCAGCCCUCGACGCUAGACAAGACGAUAACUAGUGGCCACCACGCGGGGUACGUGUCGACCCCGUCGCUCGGAAAUGUCCUGCAAGCCCAGGAUGAAGGGUCGUGCUGGUCGCCCCAGGCGACGUUCAUGUCCAUGAGCCCAGUGUUCUUGGACACGCUUCUGCCCUCUCCUGAUGAAUGGGAGCCCCUGGAGACGUCGACGCCCCUCCCAAGGUGGACCUAGGAAACCACAAAAGCCAACUGAGGUACGUCGUGCCCAGUUACGCGCAUGAUGAAUCGCUGACGGUAGCGUAAGGCUAGAUGCUCAGGACGGACGCAUGGGCUCGCGGAUCGGGGGCCGCAUGGUGGAGUGUCGGGCUGUGCUGCUAGCAGUAGGUACGACGGAUCG